CGGCAGCCCUGCAUUAUGACAUCCAUUGCAAAUAAUUAAAGAUCGCGAUUUCCCGUCCGGUUUUGUUGAACUUGUGGCCACUGCACCCUACACUAGCGACUCUCUGCUCCUGCUUCCUCUCUUCCCCCCUUCCUUCAGACCGAGCUCGCCCUUUGUUUGCCGGCUGUUCUUCCUGGCAUAUAUAUUUUUCUUUUGGUAAUUCGCCUUCCGGUCCACAUCCCGCGUCUUCGAGUUUUGGCCUCCCGUCUUUCCACUUGCUUUCCACUUCGAUCCACAGACUUGCCCCAGACUUUUUGCCGGUGCACGAGCAUUUUUAUCUCCGGCGGUUCUCAUACUGAUUCGCCUAUUGUAAUCUAAUCAGAUCCGGAACCUUGGAAUUUCACCCUUCACCGUUCGGGCCGGCCACCAUCACCACUUCCAACUCCUAUUAUCAUUAUCAUUAGCACCUGCCAACAAAAAAACCCUACCUCCUCUACUGGAGCGAAUCCCGACGAAACACAACGCAACAAUGGCGGCACAAGUUGAUCGUAUAAUGGCCCAACACUCGGCAAACAGCAUACCCGAAGAGCCUCAACUGCCCUCCAUGGCCCCGUCCCUCACAUACUCGGAGUCCUCCGAACACUCUGAAAGCGAGGAACCCCGCCAAUCUGACGACAUGGAGCAGCCGCGCCGCCGCCGCGCAUCCACUGUCCUUAUUGUCAAGUCGCCCGCUGACAUCCAACGUAUCACGGGCGAGACCACAACCCAAUUGGUCCAGAGGUGUUGCGGUGGUGGUUGCUGCCUCACUUCCGAUGGCAAGAGGGUCAAGAAGCAGGGCAUCGAGUAUGAGCGGGUUAAGUUUCCCGACAACGACGCAUACCGCGCUCUCAACCUCAAGAUCGAAGAAAUUCCGACUGUUCUAAACAACAUACUCGACCUUCCCGAACAGACUGCCUUUCUGCAGCCCCUUCGCCGUCCGUCCAAUGUGCCGUCUCCUACAGAGUCCACUGCGGCUCUUGACACAGAUGGUAACACGACAUCCGCCACAACCAAUCUCGAAAAGUCUGUACAAAAGCUGGCUUUGGAGGACCUUGAUACCAAAAUACAGCCACCCUCCUUUGUCCAACCUCACCCGCCUCACCAUGUCUUCCCCGCCCGCAUUCACACCGCCCGUGAGUUGACAGGCCAAGGCGCCGAGAAGCGUACAUUUCACUUCGACAUCGAUGUCACAAACUACCCGGAGGAUGAGGGCGUCGAUUUCAAGGUCGGCGGAGCCAUCGGUGUCUCGGCUCCCAACGAAGAGUCCAUGGUAGAAGAGCUGCUCGACCUUCUCCUCGUUCCCCGUUUCCUCCGCGACAAGCCCGUUCUCCUAAGGACAACCAAGGGCAGAUGGCCCACCGUAUGGGGUGAAGACCAGGCCCGUGAGCUUGUUACGACACGGAGAGACCUCCUGACAUGGUGCUCUGACAUCCAGUCCUACCCGCCCACAAAGCAGCUUCUCCGUAUUUUAGCCGAGUUUGCAACCAAUGAGGACGAGCGCAAGAUUCUAUUCUUCCUCUGCUCGGCGGAAGGUCAGGGAGUCUUCUGCGACUUCCGCACCGGCCCGCACAUCACCGUUGCCCAGCUCCUCCAUGCCUUCCCCAGCGCCAGGCCGCCUCUCGAUUUACUCCUCUCGGUCCUACAGCCUCUGAUGCCCCGCUUCUACUCCUUGUCCAACGACCCGCACGAGUCCUUCUUGAGACGCGAUGGCAAGCAACAUCGACUGAUCGAGAUUGCCGUCACCGUCCAUACUUCUGACGACUGGAGGACAGGCUCGCGCAACGGAGUCGGUUCUGGUUUCUUCCAGCGCCAAGCCCUCAAGUACAUUGAGGCACAAGAUAGGGGCGAGAAGGACAUUGAGGUUUACAUCCCCAUGUUCAAGGGUUUGAUGGCCAACCCUCUUGCCAAGCAGUUCGUCUCUGAUGGCCCCAUGCUACUCAUCGGUGCUGGUGUCGGCAUUGCUCCCUUUAGAGGUUUCGUCCAGCGCCGCCUCAAGACCGCCAACUGCGCCAACAAGGUCUGGGUCCUCCAGGGUUGCCGUGACUCGCUAGUCGAUGAGCUGUACAGCGGCGAGUGGGGUGUCCAUGAGGAUGAGGUCAAACGUGUGGUGGAAAGUCGUCGUGGUCAGGGGCGUUAUGUCCAGGAAGAGGUCAAGGCCCAGGCGGAUUUGGUCUGGUAUAUUAUCAACUCAGUCGACGGUAGGGUGUUCGUCUGCGGUAGCUCCAAGGGCAUGGGCGAGGGCGUCGAGCAGGCGCUGAUCGAGGUCGCAAUGGAGAAAGGCAACCUCGAGCACGAUGAGGCAAAGCAAUUCUGGGAACUGAAGAGGGAGGUUGGACAAUACAUUGCCGAGACGUGGUAAUCGGUUUCACUGUCUUACGACGAUAACAUCUUUUUGGGCCUCUUGAUUGUUGCGACACACUUUGUCGUAUUGGGAACUGGGAAGAGAAGGAAAAUACAUCGCAGGGGCCUCGCAGGCCAAAUGAAAAAGCAUACAUAUCAAAUGAAGGCAAGGGCAGGCGGGGUAGACUAGAAACGGCGUUCAAGGGUGAAGCCAUAAAACAACACCAGCAUUUUCCGGCGUGCACAGGCGGGUUUUUGUCAAAGUAUUGCUUUUUUAGCUUUUUUUUCCUUUUCAACUUUUUUGUUUUUGCACGUAUGGACUAGCUUUUCAGAGUGUAUCAUCAUUCAUCACAACUUCUUGUUGAGCGAAGCUGUUUGUUCUUGUAUUACGCAGAUUUCUCCGGGCUCGGUUAGAUGACGUACGUUGACGUGUAGUUAUACUAUAUUCUCAAAAGUGAGUACUCUGGUCAGUAAUUACCCUCGCCGAGUACCUCAAUGCUAUGCGUUCGUCUGGCCCCGAGGCUGUCAU